AUGGUUUUUCUGCGUAGCUCACCUCCAACAUCACCUUCCACCUGUUGUAUGGAAUAUGCGCGCAUUGUAUCGAUGAAGGACUUGGAUUCAAGUUUGGCGAUCCUUUGCAACUAUAGUCAGUCAACCUCUAAAGCACAGCGGCGACAAACUAUUGCAUCGUGUAUGAGUGGAAUGUUAGUGACUAACUUGGCUACAGCAACAACAUUCGAUAAUCAAUCAGGAGCCUUAAUUACCCCACCAACUACGCCGGAUACCGCUCAGGGUAAUGCCGUACAUCGGUGGAGUGCUUCAUCGAUUUCGUCGAUCAGUUCUAGAGGUUCCGCUAAGAUCCAACCAACAUCACCCUCACUGUAUACAAGUCAGCAGUCUAGUUCGUCUACUUCGUCAAGUUUGGGUUUCGGUGAGAUGCCCGACAAACCAAAUCCUAAAAUAUCCACCAGCUCAUCAACUGUAUUUCUUGAUUUUGUCGAAGUUAUGAGGGCAGCAACAAGUACAUCAACAACCGGUCAAAAUGUAGUACCUAUUGAUAAUAAAAUUGAACAAGCUAUGGAUUUGGUCAAAACCCAUCUGACAUUUGCUGUCCGCGAGGAAGUAGAAAUCUUGCGCUCUACAAUUGUUGAAUUGGAAGCAAAGGUUGCGCAGUUGGAAAGCCAAAAUCAGGUUUUGAAACAAUUUGCUCCAGUUGAAGUAGUCAAUUCAUUGACAGUACUUGUACAGCAACAGCAACAAAGGCAGUUGCAAUUACAACAGCAGCAGCUUUCCUCCGGUGCAGUCUCACCAAAUCCUGUGCAGCCCCUUUCUAUUCAAAAUGUGUCAGUAUCAGUUCAAGGCACCCAAAAACAAUCGAUGCCUGCGAUGACAUCUGAAAUUUCUGUUGGUCCAACUUCUUUUCCAGUCUUUGUUCCUCCUGUUGGUUUACUAUCCGAAGUACAACCUGGUAUAGAGCAAAAGCAGCUUUCCGCCACUGGUAGUAUCACUGAUUCCGACUUGCAGUAA